ACCGACCUCCGACCUCCGACCUCCUCCGUGGCUUGGCUUCCGACAAACACUUGUCCAUCGCCUUUUGUCGCUCUCUCUCCACUCUUUUACUCACUUUUAUAUAUUCUCUCUCUCUCUUCAUCAAUGGGUGGAUCUGGAGGAUCUGGCGCCGCUAGCCUCUUCAAAUUGCUCAUCACUAAUAUAGACAUCCUUGCUGGGCCUGUGGUUACUCUGCUGUAUCCUCUAUAUGCGUCGAUUAGGGCAAUUGAGACGAAAUCGGCUAUUGAUGAUCAGCAAUGGCUAACUUAUUGGGUUCUUUACUCUAUGAUUACUCUCUUUGAGCUCACUUUUGCUAAAGUUAUUGAAUGGUUCCCAUUCUGGUCAUACGCAAAGCUAAUCUUCACCUGCUGGCUGGUGAUUCCCUACUUCAGUGGAGCUGCCUAUGUCUACGAACACUAUGUAAGGCCUUACCUUGUCACUCGGCAGAAGUCAGUUAACAUCUGGUACGUUCCAAGAAAGAAAGACGUCUUCAGCAAGCCCGACGACAUCCUCACUGCAGCAGAGAAGUACAUCAGUGAAAACGGAUCCGAUGCGUUUGAAAAGAUGAUGCAGAAGGCUAGGGAAACCACUCCAAGGACUAAUAACUACGCUUUCCAUAGCGAAAGCUACGAAGAUGAUUACAGGUACUGAGAUGGCCGGGGUUGGUAGUUUCGUCGUCUUGUUUUCCCGAGAAGAGGAGGAGAUGGAUAUUUUGUUAUGGCUUGUGAAAUACUACUAUUAUCUGUAAUAUCCUGACUGUAUGUUACUCUUCUAAUGUAGCUACUUAGUUGUUGAUAAUUGAGAAGGCUCUGUUUUA